UCGCUCGGAGCUCACACUACCCCGAUCCCUGCUGAGACACCUCCUCCCCUCAGACCGUGCAUGAGCUCCACUCCAACACGCAUCUGCACUCGUGAUCUCACGCCAACGCAAGUUUUCAUUCCAGAGUGUGAGACUGCGCCUUAGAACAGCAAUCACAUUUCCAUCAAUAUGGGGAUAUCGAGGGAUGUUUACUCCGUUGCUCUCUUGUACACCCACACAAGCGCGCGCACACAAAGCCCUCACUGCAUCUGACACCUGACUCCAGGUAAUGCCCUAGAUCCAAAGUGACAGCAGGCAGGUGGAACGGCCACACACUCAUAGAUACCCUCGCACACAGAGCGACUGCAGGACGAGAGAAGGCGACAGGGCAAAUUCCAGCCCUUUAGACGACUCUUUGGGAAGAAGAAGAAGAAGAGGGAGGCGAAGCGGGGCUUUGAUGGAGCAGAGCUAAAAGCGAGUUUUUCUACUGGGGAAGUGUGCAAUGGAGUUGUAUCUGACGAUGAGGAGUCCAAUCAAAAUCUGAGGGAGUUGAAUCCCAUCGGAUCUCGAGCUCUCUCACACGACAGCAUCUUUAUCCCAGAGGAGCCGGUGACUGAGCCCGGUCUAGAUCACAGCAUGUCCCAGGAAAACGUCUCGGAUAAAGUUAGGAAUCUGCAGAGGCAGAUAGCACAAGGUAUAAAGUUUGGCCAGAGGCCUCCUUCUCUGAGGAAAAGUGAAGGAGAUGAGGGAAGCUCAGAUGAGGAAGAGGUUCCCCGGAGUCCUCUGAAGGUUUUGGCCCAGGUAGAAGCUGAACCAGCAAACACAGAGCCAAAGGUCCAGGGGGCCCAACAAGCAGAAACCCAACACAGCACCCCAGUGAAGUCCCCAAGGUCCAGACGAGUUCUUCCACCCACUGGUACUAUUGAGUCCAUCAAUCUGGAUGCUGUUCCACAGUCUGUUCCUCGCUUAGACAACACCGCUGCCAAGCAUAAACUGUCCGUCAAACCGAAAAACCAGAGGGUUUCCCGCAAGCACCGGCGAUUUACACAGGACCUCCUAGAGGUAUCUAUUCCUGGUGCGGUGCAAGAGGACCUCGAGGUAGCAGGUGUCUCCACGGAUGACCAGCGCAGGGCAUCUGUUGAUUCCCUAGAAAGCUUCAAGAAACAGAGACUGUAUGAAGAGGAAAGACAGGAGACAAGGAGGAAGAGGGAGCUGGAGGAACAAAGGGUCAAACAGGAGGAAGAGGAGAAGAGGAAGAGAGCAGCAGAGGAGCUGAGGCUGCGUGAACUAGAGGAGGAGAGGUGUCGCAAACAGCAGGAGGAGGAAGAGCGAUGGCUUAGAGAGGAGGAAGAGAGAAGGAGGAGGGAGGAAGAGGAGAGAAGGAUCAGAGAGGAAGAAGAAAAGAGGUGGCGAGAGGAGGAAGAGCGGAUGCGGAGGGAGGAGGAGGAAAGGAGGUUGCAAGAGGAGCAGGAGCGCCAACAGCGGGAGGAGAGAAGACAGCUGGAAGAGCAGAGGAGGAAAGAAGAGGAAGAAAGGAAGAGGCGAGAAGAGGAGCAGGAAGAAGCGAGGAGGCAGCAGGAGCUUGAGGCCGAGAAGAAGAGGAAACUAAGAGAGGAAGAAGAGGAAAGAAAGAAAAGGGAGGAAGAGGAAAAGCUGAGGUUGCAGGAGAUUGAAGAAAAGAAAAAAUUGGAAGCGGAGGAGGAGAGGAUGAGAAAGGAGGAGGAGGAGCAGAGGAGGCUGUCAUUAGAGGAGGCUGAUGGCUUCUCAGAUCCACAGGAGAGGAAGAGGAGGGCUGAGGAGCUGCGCUGGAGGGAGAUGGAGGAGAGACAGAGGCCUUUCUCUUUCAAAGUUUCCUCCGGUGAAAAACAGAUUUUGUUCCAGAAGGUCCACCUGACGCCUGUUACGCCAGCCUCCAGCCACCAGAGCGGUGCUGUAGCCGAACAAAGAGAGAGCGCCAAGGCCUCUUCUGAAGGACCAGACUCCCCAAACCUGCCAACGUCUCCAUAUGUCCCCCACACAGCCAUCUUAGUGACAGGCGCCCAGCUCUGUGGGACAGCCGUCAAUUUAGACCAGAUCAAAGACACCGCCUGUAAGUCUCUGCUGGGUUUGGGAGAGGAUAAAAAGGCCCAGGGAACACCGCCGACCAAGAGCAAGACUUCACCAGACCGCAAGUCUGGCAAGACGAAAUCACUUAACGAGUCCUCUGUAGACCAGCCCGGUGCAGCCAUCCUGGCAGAAUGGGCUAGCAUCAGAUCAAAGAUAUUCAAGGGGGUAGAGGAGGGGAAAUACGAAGACUACCCAGAGCCAAGCAGGAACCAGCCUCAACCCAGCAGUGAAGACCAGCCUGCAUUCUCCCACACGAACCUCAGGAAGACCAUGUCUGCCAGCGCCAAGUUCUCCAUCACCCCUGCGAAGAAGAAGUUUGGAGAUUCAAACAGGAACUCUGAGGUGUUCGGUGUAGAUGAAGCAGGAGAGGAAGCUACUCGGUAUGAUAGCCCCACUGCAGUCUCCCCAGCUCCAACCAGUAAACCUCAGAGCAGGACGAGUAAAACGGUCCGCAUCGUAGAAAGAGGGUCAGAGGAAUGUAUGUUUGCCAAAGACCUCCCCUCUUUCCUGGUUCCCAGCCCUGGAGCGAAACCCGAGGGGCCAGAGUUGAAGAGCAGGGCUCAGAGUGAGACGGAGGUGUCUGAAAGUAGAGAGGAGGGAGAAGGCCGAGGUCAGGACAGUGAGGACAAGCCCUCACCUUUUGGCAUAAAGCUGAGGAGGACCAACUACUCCCUCCGCUUCCACAGUGGAGAGUCCACUGAGAAAAGGAAGAAACGAUACAGUGCUGGGGACAGCUUUGAUGGAGUCCCUUCACCUCUAACCCCCAUUGAGCCAGACUCUGAUGCCUCUCCGGUCUUUUCCGACAAAUCAAGUCCCAAAUCGCCUCAGAAAGAAGGCGCGGUCGGCAAGUACUUACAUGCAUCUGCCUCCCCUGCUGUCCCUAGGUCUAAACCAGGUAAGUCUACCAGCCCCGCCGCACACAGCGAUGGUGAGAAAGUGUUUUCCAAGCCACCGCUCUACCGCAGACCAACAACGUCGCCCAAACCCACUGGAGCAGUCUCCACACCUCCCCCAUCUCCUCUACCUAAAGUGGCCCAUGGGCCUCCUAGUGAUGCCAUGAUCCAGAGGACAGGGGCCGCAGAGUCAUCCAGCAAGGAGCUGCAGAGCAGGAACGAGGAACCUUCUGCGGUGGCCCAGUUGCACCAGAGUAGCCAAGGCCUGGUCCAAGGGGAAGAGGAGCCGAAGGAGAGGAGAUCCUUCUUCCCUUCCAUUAACAUCCCCUGGAGAGAGAAGGCAGAUAGAAAGACGGAGCUCAUCAGGAGAGAAAAACCAUCACUACAGAGCAGGCACUCCCUGGACAGUGCGAGGGUCCAAGAGAAGGAGGCUGGGCCCUUAUGGAUCACACUGGCUUUGCAGAAGCAAAAGGGCUUCAGGGAGCAGCAGCAGAAUCGAGAGGAUCGACGGAGCCAGAGAGAGGCCAAACUGGCAGAAAAACAAGCUAGAGAUAGAGACAGCGUUACACUGGUGAGUCCCACAGAGUGCAAAGGCAGCGGGAGCACCAGUCCUUCUUCUAAACCUCAGACACCAGAGGAGCCCAAGAGACCCGAAAGCCUCCUGGGACGAUUUGAGCGCCGAGAACACCUGAAAAAAGCUAACACUUUACCCAGCUCUGUCACUGUUGAGAUUGCAGACUCUACACCGUCGCCACCUUCUGUCAAGGAGGUGUCAAAGCGCUUCCCCUCCAGUGACUCUCCGCAGGUGUCCACAGAGCCAGCCUGGUUGGCUCUGGCCAAGCGAAAGGCCAAAGCCUGGAGCGACUGUCCUCAGAUCAUCAAAUAACACUUCACCCUCGCUUCACACUGGGCUCUGGCCCGCAUUUGGGAUUGCACACUGCCCAUGGACUCUGAAGCACCUCGAGAAUCACCACCACCUUUUCCUUCGCUCCCAAAACUCACCAUGAAACCUUCUGACUGUGAAACAAGUAAAACCCUCCAUCACCUCGUAACCCCACACACUGGCUGGUACUAUUAUAAUGUUAAAGUGCGCUUCACAUUCAAAUAUUCCAAUACAGUCACAGAGAUAUAUAUAAAACAAUUGUUGCGCGCAUGCACAUACUGUAUACGAACACACAAAGUAUAUGUCCCAAAAAGACACAGAACAAACAUGUCGCAGUCCGAGGGAGUCCUCAGCAGCCAAUCACAACCAAGGCUGGCCAUUGCAAUAGCCAACCUCAAUAUCUUUUUUUAUUUUGUAGCCAACUGUGUCACCGUGGUUGUAAAUAAAUAAUUUGCUCAACACAAUAAUAGGAGAAACACUUCUGUAUUAGAGAGGUGAAGGUCUGACUGACAGUGUUUAAUAAACAGAGGGUAACUGUCUGAAUCGUGUUUUAAGGGCUACCAGUAACAACCUGUUGAAUCUGCUUCUGGACGGCUGAUGGAAGCGGUGCAGGUGUCUUCUCUGCCCUCGUUAGUAUUAUUUAUGUAAAGCAGAGGAUUUAUCUAUGUUGAAACAAUACUGUAUCUCCUCUCUGAGCCUUGUUAGUCAUGUACAAAAGAAGUCUUUUCUCUCUUUUUUUUUUAACUCAUACUCUUAGCAUAACAAUUCUCACUGUGUGAUGACUGUGAUAGCUGUCAAAGAGGCUAUUGUACAAUUUUGCCAUUAUAAGGUAACCGGAAUAAUCACACAGUGGGUGCACCUAAACACAGCACUGAAGACCACGUGUUACUGGGAAUUUACUGCACAUUAUCCUCAGAGCUAUGGAGACCGACACAGCGCCUGCUUGCUGUAACAUACAUUUUUUUUUUUUGUAGCUGUCCUCCUGUUACACACUUGUGUUUGUGGGCAUACGCCAUCACUUCCUCGUCAAUGUGAUAUGAUCUUACAUAAUGAUGUAAGCAUUUCCUCGAUGAAAAAAAAAAGCCCCUCCAGCAUUCUCAUUACCCGCCACUCACUUACUGAGCAGUAUGUAUGGAAAUACACUGUACUGCAUAGAAGUUACCAGAGCUUCGGUCAAAAAGAAUCACUUUGUCAUUUUGUUUUUCAUGUCAGUCGUGCACAAUAGUGUAGUGUACGCAGUGUUAUAUGUAACAAGAAAAAUGUUUGGUAUUAUUUGCACUUUUUUGUCUCACUUAAGAGAUAUUCAUGAGAAAAUUCUUAAAGAGAUACAAAAUGUUAUGAAUAAUGUAAAUUAAAUACUGAUGUCUGAACUGAAAGACCGUAGACUCAUUAUUUCCCUGAACUUUAAUUAAAGUUUAUUUCCCAAAGCACACUCUCUGCUCUGACAUUGACAAAAAGCAAUCAGUGUUUAUAUAAAGUGCAGCAAUGCGUCUUAUGCUUCUAUGUUUCUUCUUUGACAGUCAGCUUUAAACAAUACACAAAGUCAUUGCGGCACCCAACUACGAGAGACUUUUCCCACACCACUGGGGAAGAAAACAGCUCCCCAGGUAGAGUGAAUGAGGCCAGCAUUUGUCCAUCUUGUCCAUCUAGGAUCCACACUGUACCGUCUGUGGAGGCCAGGGCCACCAGAAUCCUCCUCUUGCCCAUACCAGAGCCAUCAAACACACAAGGACUGGAGUACACCUUCCCUGUGGUCUGGAAAGUCCAAACUAAAGAGCCGUCAGCGCAGUUUAAACAGUACAGGCAACCGUCAUGUGACCCGCACAGAACCCUCUGAUGGUCUGGUGUGACGCACGGAGAGGAGAAGACGGGUCCUUUUGUUAAAAACUGCCAAACCUGCAGAGAAACACAAGAGUCACACACUAAAGUAUUACAGUGUUUUAAAAUAACUUUGGCUCAGUUUUCACAAGAGAUUCAAUUUGCUAUAUGACUAGUAGGUGCAAAACGUGCAGUAGAUGGCUUUAGCUAGCCGCCAUGAACCAGCAGCAGUGGCUGCUACAUAUUCCUUUGGGGCAAUAGUGUGUCUCGCUCAAGCACAAUUCUCGCUCUGAGAUCUGGUGAGGCGAGUUGUUGCAGGAAACGUGGUGAAAACAAGGUAGAGAAGUGUGUUGUGUACGAAUAGGAAGCAAUAGCAAGAUUUUAUUUCCCAUCGUUACACCAACACAACAAUCUUCUCUCUCCAACUCUGACUCAGUAAUACCCCAGCAUAUAUGAACACUGCUUUCAUAACACUUCUCUUAAAACCAAAGACACUACAAAAUGCUCCAGUUAUUGACCAUUAUCACUCAUUAAAACCAAUGUAAAAAUUAUAGGUAAAGCAUAAGUUAUCAGACAAGAAUCAGCAAUUUCAUCAAUAGUACACACAGAUCAGACAGGCUUCAUUAAAAGGAGACAUACCUAAACAAUUUAAUGUUAUUUAUCUUUCAACUAACAACUUUAACCCUUCAGAUGCCUAAAAGGCCUUUGUUAGAGCAUACUGGGCUUUCUUUUCUUCACUCUCACUUUGGUUUCUGUCUAAACUUCAUUAACUUUGUCAGGAUAUUAUCUAAGUCACCCUCUGCCUCAGUUGCAAUCAACGGACACAUCUCUAAAUCAUUUCACUUGCAGAGAGGCACUACACGAUGGCCAUUAUCACCACUGUUAUUUGCAUUAUUCAUAGAAGCACUUGCUGCAUCUAUCAGACAAAGUAACAACACAGAUGGAUUCAUAAGUCAGUCACUCCACCACAAAAUUAGUCUCUAUGCCGAUGACAUAUUAGUUUACAUACAUUUUUCCAGUGGCAGAUUUGUGAACAAUAUUUGAGAGAAAUAGGCUUUUUGUGUACAUAGAGAAAGUCUUAGAUCUUUGAGGUCAGCUCAUGAUGAAUGGGAGCAAAAACAAAAGUGUUGCGUUUAUAAUUUUGUUCAGUAUAUAAGAUCCUAUUAGCUCAUGAUCAGUCCCAACAGACAGUGGACCUCCAAUCUCAAACUACAGGACACAAUAGACUGGCAACAACACAUUCUCAAUGAUACAAGAUUCUACGUAGAUCACAUAUCACUACACAAAAACUCUUCUAAAUGGGCUUCGAAAACAACAACCCAUGCAGACACUGUUCCACAGACAAUAACAUCCACUCAAUUUGGUCAUGCCCACUGAUUCAGUCCUUCUGGUUGGUGGUCCUGGGCACUGUCUUAAAUGCUUGGCCUCACCAUCCCUUAUAGCCCCUCCACAUUGCAUUGCUAGGAGAUCUUACCACAAUCCAAAUAUCUUUGACACACAAACCCUUUCUACUCACAUCCAUAGCACUUGCAAAAAAAAGGUAAUUCUUCUUAGCUGGAAAGAUAGAACAAAAAUAUCAACAACACUCUGGCUCAACCUUCUCACCAAACAUUGAUCCCUGGAAAACUCACAGCAACAAGGAAAGGACAACUUAUAUAUUAUCAAGACAGCUGGAAUCUUUUACAUCUUUAUCCUGCUUGGGGAUUCCUCUCCCUCCUACCCACGUUUCCCAUCACAAUUAUGAGUAGACAACUCUUUUUCUCCUCACUCCCCCCAAGCACUCAGCAUCAUCCUUUCCUUACUGUUGUCUAGUUUUGUACUAUAUGUGUAUGUAUGUAUUUAUUUGUAUAAUAUAUUUAUUUUUAUUAUUAUUUUGUUGUAGUUUCUAUGUUAUUUUUAUUUUCUUUUGUUGGUUUGAUUGCUUCCUAUAUCAGGGCCGUUGUCCUAUUCCCCAAUUUAUCUUGAAAUCAAUGUAAAUAAAUAAAAAAAUCCUUGAAAUAAA